UUGUUCCCAAGAAACCUUUGCUUGUUCCUGACCAGGGACCAAUGUUAUCUAUGGAUGGAUAAAUACUUGAGCAAACUUGGCAUGGUUUAGCCCUGAAGGCAAAGCAAUGUAGCUAGGAACAACUCUGGGUUGGCAUACAUAUAGUAGUCAAAAGGUUAUUCCAGUGAGACUGGAGGAAUGAUGAAAUCUUUUCAAUGGAAAGCAAGAAUGCAGAGAGCAUCAGGAAUCUUCUUCUGAAGAUAGUGUUUCCCUUAGCUUUUCCCCUGGCUGGUGCUUUUAUCUGUGACCUCAUAACAAACAGGGCAAGCAGCCACAGUAGCCAUACGGGCUCAUCUGAUAGUUCAUUCCAAUUGGAACAAUCGUCCGGUUCAAUCUGUGGAGAAGAGGAAGAAGAGAUGGAACCAAAACCAACUCGCGGCGCACAGCAAAAGUUAGCGAGAACAGAGAGUGCCUGCAGCGCUGCCGGUAGACUCCUGAUGAGUGAGCUUGCAAGGCAGGCUUCCAACGCCGAAGAAAUCAUGGUGGUCGAGGCCGCCACCGAGGGUCCACGAGAAGCCGCAGCCAAGAAACAGGUCCAGGACGACCAGGGAAUAAUGGAGGCGGACGAGAUCGCAAGCCUGAAGCUCACGGUGUCGGCCCUCGAAGACAGGGCUACCGCCAUCGAGGCGCAGUUCCACGAGUACUGCGACGUGAAGGAGCAGGAGUCGGCGUACCAGAAGAUGCAGAUCAUGUGCCUGGGCAUGAAGCUGGAGCUGCUGGAGUCCCACAACCAGCGGCUGGAAGCCGCGGCAGCGGAGAUCCGCGCGGCCGCUGGAGAGUUCGCGGCCAUGAGAGGCAGGCUCGACAGGCUGCAAGGCAAGCUGAAGAAGGUGUCGAAGAGAAGCGAGCGAGGUUCGGACGCUGUCGUCGGCGAGAAAAUCGCGGCCCUUGACGCGAAGCAAGCCCAGAUGGCGAGACGGUGCGAGGAGUUCGAGCGGGCCAUGGGUGAGAUGAAGCAGCUCACGUUGCAGCUUGUGGAGCAGAAGGGAGCGAACAAUGAGAACGUGGAGGUGGCGGUGGAGAGGAGCCUGCGGAACCUGUCGAGCGGCAGGGACCUGGUGGACGGGCUGGAGGCGCUGCGGGACCGGUGGGCGGCCGGCAUGGAGGAGAUGAUCUACCUGGGCUGGAUCACGGCCUGGCUGCAGCACGACCUGAUGCUGGUCGACGACGACGACGGCUACGGCGGCGCGGUGCUCGGUCCUGGCAGCACCACCUACGGUGGCGGCCACGGCGACGACGACGAAGAUGUUCGAGACGGCGUGGCGCCGGAGGAGGAGGAAGAGGAGGGUGAGAAGAAGAAAAAGAAGAAGGAGAAGAAGAAGGGGGACACGAUGGUGGCGUCGGUGCCGCCGAGCAACCAGGUGGAGCUAUGCAAGGCCGAGUCCGUGUCGUCGUCGUCCGGGUCCGGGUCGGCCCCGCGCCGCAGCGUGGAGAUGGAGCCGCCGUCGGCACCGUGCAUGGGGUUCGCGGCGGCGGCGGCCGGCGGGCGCGGGAGGGACUGCGGCGGCGGGUGGAGCAUCGGGCGGCCGAGGCUGCUCCGGAAGCUGCGCGGGUGGGCCGCCGGAGGAGGGACGAAGGCCGGCGGCAGCAAGACCACGCGGUGCAGGAUCGCGGGCCCAUGCUGUCAGAAAGAAUAAGUUUAACUUAUUACGAUAGAUUUGCUCGUGAGAAUGGAUAAUGUAAUAUGAUAUGCUCGAGAGAAAAAAAAAUGUGAAAAAAGGUUA